AUGCGCAAGCUGCUGGAGCUGAAGCCGGAGAAGAAGGUUGUCCUGCGACUUCUGAUGUUUUGGUUCACAUACUCAGAGGAUCCGGAUCUCGCAGUCAAAUUCGACGUCAUGGGAGAUUGCGCCGCGACUGAUGCAGAUGAUGAAGAUAAAAACUACUCCGAGGGGCAAGAUAAGGAUAGCGAUAGGCGUUAUCUUUCUGCUUGGCUCUUUGUAGUCCCUCAACUAGUAGCCAGGUUGAGGUCUCCUCGUCCGAAACUUCGAGGACAGCUGUACCAUUUGCUGCGCCGGUUGGUCAUCUUCUUUCCCCGCGUGACGCUUUUCCCGCUAACGCUUGCGCUAUCUUACCCCGAAAGUUACGCGCAGGAUGUGGCACGACGAAUAUUAGUUACGGCUCAAUAUUAUAGAAGUUCGUUGUAGUUCAUUUCUACCAGUCAUUUCUCGCAGUUUCCUUCUUGGGAUUCUGAAGAAAUGGGGGAACGAAGUGAAGUGGUUUGAGGUCUAAACCCGGAGCCGACCUUGCGUUUUCUGGCUUCGGGGAAGUGCGGCAGUUAGCACGUGAGACAAUGCGGGUCUCCGCGGAGCUGGUCAAAUUAGCAAUGCUGAUUUCGGACCUUUGGGUCGCCGGUCUGGAGUCCGUGCAGGCAGCGCUGACCUUGCAAGAUUUCGAGACCGCGUAUACGAUUCUAAAACCAUUUAUGAAAGGGAAAAAGUCACUCACACUCAAGAAAUCGGCUAGAAGAAUUUAAGCAAGAAGCUAAGUAGCUACUUUUUUGAGUACUGUGAGUGCAAAAAUCUUUUCUGUCAUACCAUUGCAGGAAACGUUGAAAGCGCAAAUGCUUACAAGAGAGCACAUGACAUUAACUGCAGGCACAGAUUCUACGGGUUGUAGAUCCACAAAAGAAGUUCAUGCUGUAGAAAAGAAUGCCAGCACAUCGACAGCAAAGAGCAAUAGUACCACGAUCGCAUUCGCAGCCUCCAGAACUACAGUUGUUCCGGCGAAAACGACUAAAGUUGCUCCUCAGCAGCUGCACCCUUUAGAAGAGAAGCUAGCAAAAGCGGCAGAAAAGAAACGCGAUCUGGCCAAAUUGAACGCUCUAACGCAAAUCAAAAUCGAUGCCGUUACUGCUGACGAACAAAUGAAAGGAAGCACUGCUGCAAACAGUGGCACAACAUCCAAUGGCAAUGGCACUGAAAUUACCAACAUGCGUGGCCUGCACGUACAAGAAGGACAAGGCGGUUUUAAAAGUUCUGUCUUGUAUCAUUCGAAUGUAAACGCAGCAGCUUUGAUGUACGACAUCGAGAGACAACUGUUGGCACAGGAAGUGGAACAAAAAAAGCAAGCAGGAGAAGGAGCUGUGAUGUGGUCUGGUGACGAUGGUAGUAGGAAAGCAAUAGAGAAGAUGAAACAGGAGAAAAAACAAGAUCUUCACGACGCUGACCCUAAUAACCGCACAGAAACAUCAAAUUUGACGCCGUUCGAGCUGAAUUUUCUUAAACUAUACAGUGAGUAUCUGCUUGCUGCGGUGCCCUACGUUGAGCGCUACGGUCUCGGACGGAAGGGGAAAUAUCUGCUUCAUGCUUGGCAUAAGUUUUAUCAGCCUGUUUUACAACACAUCCAGAAAAACGCAACAGAUAAACUGCAUCUGAAAGACGUCGCGCCAAGGUUGUGGGAGAUGUCGGCACCAGCGUCAGAUGCAUCGCCAAAAAACAAAAGCAACAACAUUACACUUGCAUCACAGAGUAGACAUAUUUCGCCACCUGGCCUAUUUACCUCUUCG